AUGGAAAUCCUUUCACGCUGCUUGGUAGCCUUGCUACUCGCCUUUAACAUCACGUCUGUCUUGGGGCAACCUCAGGCACAAUCUCCAGGGCUAAUCACCUCAGGAGGUAGGCCAAGGCCACCACCACGACCUCUUUACACCGCGGAGGACGCAAAGGGUUAUAUCACACAGGUCAUGCGACCAUGUCAAGUGGAAAGAAUAGACCGUAUUGCGGACGACAUUGCUAAGUACAAUGAGGAGAUAAACCCCCGUUUCAAAACUCUCAAGACGCUUUUAAACGAUUUACAGAACCGAAUGCGAAGGCUAGCAAGGCGAGAGGUGGUGACCCUAGAGAGCAAUUACCAAGAUAUCGACGAAAUGCUUGGCGAGAAUAUCAUGCCACAGGAUACUAGCCAUUGUCCCAGGUUCCUUCACGUACACCCCGACAUCAAGGUCGAACAUUGGAGGGCACAACAGAUGCUUAGGAUGAUGCAGAAGCGGCUCCACGAAAUUUGGACUGAGGACCGUCUAUUCCGAAGGAACGUAUUACGUAGGAUGGACCGGUAA